UACUUUGUAUUCGCGUUGAUAACACACCUAUCAACGUUUUAGUGUAGAAACGCAAGUUUUGUUCCAAACACGUUCCAUACCAAUCGUGUUUGUUUUGUUUUUUGCAAAUUCCAAGAUGGCGUCUACUACCAAAGCCAUUUUCAUAAUUGGCGCGAAAAGAACGCCAUUUUGCCGUUAUGGCGGACCUCUACGGGAGUUGCCAGCAUAUCAAGUAUUUGCAACCGCGGCCAAGGAAGCUAUACGUUCAGCCAAUUUAGAACCUUCUCUUAUUGACAAUACAGUUGUUGGAAACGUUAAUUUUUUAAGCCAAUGCGAUGGAGGUAAAACGCCGCGUUACUGUGGCAUAUACUCGGGAGUUCCCAUCAGCAGCCCAGCGCUGGGCGUCAGCAAGGCUUGUGGGACUGGUCUGCAAGCCAUCAUCAACAGUGCUGUGGACAUCAUAACGGGCAAUUCAAAGGUCACUCUAGCAGGAGGAACUGACUUAAUGUCCUCAAUGCCAAUGCUGGUGAGAAAUGUCCGAUUUGGAACAGCUUUGGGAACAUCAUAUAGGUUUGAUGACCACAUACAGAGGCAGAUUCCUGACGGGUAUACUGGACUGACGAUGCAGAAAAUGGUGGAAAACUUGGCGAAUAAAUAUGGAGUGACCAGAGAAGAUGUUGAUAAGUUCGCUUUGCAGAGCCAUUUGAAGUGGAAAGCAGCUGAGGAAUCAAAGGCAUUUGAACAAGAGUUAGUUAGCCUGGAAGUUACUCUCAAAAAGAAGCAAAUACUGGUUGACAAAGAUCAAACACCACAGUCGUUAAAAAGUGAAGAUUUAAGUACAUUGCCAGUGCUUAUCGAAAAUGGAAACAUUUUGACGUGUGGAAACACUUCUGCCCCGGCAGAUGGAGCAGCAGCUCUGCUCCUAGGUCAUGAGGAAGCAGUGAAAGGGUACAGUCUUCAGCCACUAGCCAGGGUUGUAGGAUGGACGUGUGUGGGAGUGAACCCAGAAGACGCGGGGUUUGGUGGAGUCCUAGCUAUUAAGAAGCUUCUAGAAAGUCAGAAGCUGACUGUGGGAGAUGUAGACCUUUUCGAGAUAAACGAGAACUUCGCGUCACAAGCUAUCAUUGCCACCCGGGAGCUGAAGAUAGACCAGAGUAAGGUGAACGUGAGCGGCGGUGCGCUGGCGUUGGGAGACCCGAUGUCGGCCACCGGCGCGAGGAUGGCUACACAUCUUGUUCAUGAACUUAGGCGUCGUAAUUUAAAAAGAGGUAUUGCUGCGUCGAGCUGUGGCGGAGGACAAGGCGUCGCUAUAUUAUUGGAGAAAAUAUAGUAUGAAUUGAAAUAACAGUGUAAAUACCUACGAAAUAAUAUAAUUGUAAUAAUUUAUGAAAUACUAGCUUCCGCCAGCGGCUUCGCCCGCGUGGUAUGUUGAUAAAAA